GCGAGGGCCUGGGCGGAGCCUCGCGGCUGCGUGAGCCUAAGGCGCGCGGGUCGGAGUUGGUCGCGCGCUCCUUGCUGUCCGGGUUCGUGUUCGCCUUGCUCAGGGCUGAAGUGCUCAUGACGGAGGUCUAAGGAGAGAAAACCUGUUCCGGGUGCGCCCAGGCGGUGUCCGGAAAUGCGAUGGCCGUGGAGCUGGCACCGGAGACCAGACUGAGAUUGCGUUUUAAACCAACCUAGAUCCUCCUACUUGACUAAAGAGUUGUAGGUGCCAACAGUGAAAAUGGCAGACUCCAUGUCAACACCCUGUCAGCCAACGGCAUGACAGCUCAGGAACACACAUGGACUUGUUGCACACAGAAAUGUGUGCACAGGAAAAGGAAAUCUCUAGUUCUUUAGAAGAAAGAAGGCAUUCUUCACCAAAAUGGGCACGUUGUGUUCAGUUAUCAAAUUUGAAAAUCUUCAAGACUUAAAGAGACUGUGUCACUGGGGUCCCAUAAUAGCCCUUGGUGUUAUAGCAAUAUGUUCCACAAUGGCCAUGAUUGACUCUGUCUUGUGGUACUGGCCCUUACAUACAACUGGAGGAAGUGUGAAUUUCAUCAUGUUGAUAAAUUGGACUGUCAUGAUCCUUUAUAAUUACUUCAAUGCCAUGUUUGCUGGUCCUGGCUUUGUCCCUCGGGGAUGGAAACCGGAAAAUUCUCAGGAUAGCAUGUAUCUCCAGUAUUGUAAAGUCUGCCUAGCAUACAAGGCACCACGCUCUCAUCACUGCAGGAAGUGUAACAGAUGUGUAAUGAAGAUGGACCACCACUGUCCCUGGAUCAACAACUGCUGUGGUCACCAGAACCAUGCUUCCUUCACACUGUUCCUCCUGCUAGCCCCGCUGGGCUGCAUCCAUGCUGCUUUCAUUUUUGUGAUGACUAUGUACACACAGCUUUAUAAUCGGCUCUCCUUUGGGUGGAACACAGUCAGGAUUGACAUGACCGCAGCCCGGAGAGCUCCUCUUCCAGCUGUUCCCUUCGGACUGGCUGCAUUUGCUGCCACCCUGUUUGCCUUGGGGCUAGCUUUGGGCACAGCCAUAGCUGUUGGCAUGCUGUUUUUCAUACAGAUAAAAAUUAUUCUCAGAAACAAAACUUCUAUUGAAUCAUGGAUUGAAGAGAAGGCUAAAGAUCGAAUUCAGUAUUACCAGCUGGAUGAAGUCUUCAUUUUUCCCUAUGAUAUGGGAAGCAAAUGGAAGAACUUUAAACAAGUGUUUACAUGGUCAGGAGUCCCUGAAGGAGACGGACUGGAGUGGCCAGUACGAGAGGACUGUCACCCGUACAGUUUAACAAUAGAGCAGUUGAAACAAAAAGCCGACAAGAGAGUCAGAAGUGUCCGCUAUAGAGUCACAGAGGAUUAUAGCGGUGCGUGCUGCCCUGUGAACAGAGGGGUCAGAACCUUCUUCACCAGCCCCUGCACAGAGGAGCCUCGGAUACAGCUGCAGAAAGGGGAGUUUGUGUUAGCCACGAGAGGGCUACGAUACUGGUUGUAUGGAGACAAAAUUCUUGAUGAUUCCUUCAUAGAAGGUACUUCAAGAAUAAGAGGGUGGUUUCCUAGAAACUGUGUGGAAAAGUGUCCCUGCGAUGGCCAGUCAGACCCAGCCCCAGAGAGUGAGAAGAAGACCAGAUAGCCACUGUUAAAGUGAGAUCAUUGUCUUCAUUACUUGAAAACUGACACACAUUACCUAAGAAUUAUGCAAUGAGCUACUCUGCUUAAGGUAUUCUUUUCCUCAAAGAUGCCCUAGUGCCAUGAUUUAAAUAUUUUUAUUACCAUUUUGAAACAGAAGCCAUUCUGCCUAUGCUUUUGAAUUCCUGCCGUCUUUCCAUUUCCUCCUACUGAAGGAA